AUGUGCACUACGGAUCAGCGGAUGACACAGCAGCUGCAUCCCGGCUCGGGGCCUCUACUGGUGGCCAACGGCAUGUGUAAAUCCCCGACGAUGGCGACGGCCAUCUCCGUCAAGACACCGUUCUCGAUCGAGGAUAUUCUGUUCCAGAAUGGGGCCGCCUCGGCCGGUGGUCAAAGUCCGCGAGCGGCGGUCGGUACGGUGGCCAGGGAAGGUUCUCCGUUGUCCGACGGUGAACCACUACUACCACCGGAUAACACCGACACGUCCGUGACACGCGCCGCUCGAUCUGCCAAACAUUCACCAAACUGUUCCAGUUCUUCCUCGUCCUCCUCGUCGUCGCCAUCCUCUUCGUCGCCGGUGUCGUCGGUCAGCAGAGAUGGUGGUGGUGUCAGUGAGAAGGUGGCACCGAGUGGUGGUAACAACCGUGGAAAACCUAGCGCUAGUAAUGGUGCGUAUGCUAGUGUGACUAAUCGAAGUGACAAUCAACAUACCGGUGGCAAUGGUAAACAGCAGUGCCACCCGAAUCAAGCGGCCGGUGCGGGAUUGCCGUGCCGUGCGGAAGAAGAUUACCGGAAAGUGUUGCAAUCGGAAAGAUACGGUAAGCUCGGUGCUUCACCUCUCAUUCCACAUACCGUCUCCAUGGCAUCGCAUCCCACACAACCUUCUUCGGGGCAACCAGGACCACCUCCAGCGCUACCGAGUGGUGGACCGCCCGGGACGGGCAGUCCUUCCGGUGGACCGGUGCAGUUUACCAGCGGACCGUCGGCCGGUGUCCUGUAUGCCGCCAAUCCGUACAACGAUCCUGCCUACCUACAGAUGGCCCUCGGUGCCUAUCUGGCCCCCUCGUCCACCGGUUACAAGACCGUCGAUCCGUACUUUCUAUCGCAAGGCAUCUUUGCCAGCUCAUCGCUCUUUCCCGGGGCCGGCUGUCCGGACAUAGCGCUCGGUCUUGGUAUGGGCAUGAGCGCCCUGCGUCACUGUCGACGCCGUAAAGCUCGCACCGUCUUCAGCGAUCCGCAGCUGACCGGUUUGGAGAAACGCUUCGAAGCCCAACGCUACUUAUCAACACCGGAACGUGUCGAGCUGGCGACGGCCCUCGGACUCAGCGAGACGCAGGUCAAAACGUGGUUCCAGAACCGACGGAUGAAGCACAAGAAACAGCUACGACGCCGGGAGGUGAACGCCACUGCUGAUACGAACGGCACGAGUGGAACAUCUGGCGGUAACACUGGCGGUAGUAGCAACAACAGCAACACCAGCAGCAGCAGUAGCAACAGUAGCGCCACCAGCAACGUCAAUACCAGCUCCACCAGUACCAGUUCAAGCGGCUCAGGGCGUCUUCAUGGACCUUCCACUUCCACCUCUUCUGGUUCAACUUCCUCGAUCAUCUCCUCGGCCGGUGGAGCGAUGGUGGAGAAAAACGGAUUCACGGCGUACGGUGGCAAGCCAACGGGUGGCGCGUUCGGAUCAAAAUCUCAUCCACCAUCAUCCACCGGAAGUGGAGGGGCCGUAUCACUGAAAACAUUAACCAACAUCCCACCGGGCAGCGAUGGUAGACCGCUUCACUCAUCGUUCAGUUUGGUAAAGCGUGCGGCUGCCGUUGCGGCUGUAGCGGCCAUGAGCAACGGUGCUCCAUCACAUCUGCCUCCGCCGGUCUCGAUGCAUGGUACCGUUGGACAAGGACCUCAUCCUCCUCCUCCUCUUCCUCCUCCUUCUUCUGGUGGUGUGCAUCAUCCCUUUCCGUCGCACCAUCCAUCUCAUCCGCACGCACAACUGCUGCACUCCCAUCCGUAUCAAUCGAUGGUUCCGCAUCAUCAGCACCAGCUAGGACAUCCGCUAGGUCCACCGCAUCGUACCGGUGAACGAGCUUCACUAAGUCCCGAUCCGGAUGAUGAGGAAGAUGACGAUUUACUGAACGAUAGUGAGUCGGAUUGUAGUGACGUCGAUAUCAUCGGUGACGAUCAGGGUUACAUGACGUAG